AUGAGUGUAAAAGAUGUUGAAAACAGUAAACCUGUAUUUGAUCCCGAUUUUCACACUGAGCUAAUCAUUAAAGACGAAUAUGAGGAUUGUAAUUCAGGUGAAAACAUGGAUGAAAGAUUUGAUGAUUUUAAAUCAGAAGCAAAGAGAAACAAGAAGCGUAAAGUGGAAUACACUUGUAAUCAGUGUGAGUAUGUUGCAACUCAAGCAGCAUCUUCUCUGAAGAUCCAUGUAGAAAAUAGACAUGAUGGAGUGAGAUAUCCAUGCUCUCAAUGUAAAUAUUUCACCACUACAGCUUGUAGCUUGAAGAGUCAUGUUAAAAGAAAUCAUGAAGGAGUGAGAUAUCCAUGCUCUAAAUGUAAAUAUUUGGCCACUACAGCAAGAAAUCUGAAGAGUCAUGUUAAAAGAAAGCAUGAAGGAGUGAGAUAUUCAUGUUUUCAAUGUGAGCAUGCUGUAUCUACGCCAAAUGCUCUGAAGAAACAUGUUGAAACCAAACACGAAAUAGUGAGAUAUCCUUGUUCUCAAUGUCAGCAUGCUGCAGCUACGGCAAGACAUCUGAAUAGACAUGUGGAAAGUAAACACGCAGGAAAGAGGUAUCCAUGUUCUCAAUGUGAUUAUGUAGCAACAAGAUCAGACAAAUUGAAGGCACAUGUUAAAAGUAAACAUGAAGGAGUUAGAUAUCCUUGUUUGCAUUGUGAAUUUGCUGCAACUACAUCAAGUAACUUGAAGACUCAUGUUAAAAGUAAACACGAAAGAGUGAGAUAUCUUUGCGACAAAUGUGAGUUUGUUGCAACUAGAGCAAGCCAUCUGAAGGUUCAUGUUGAAAGUAAACAUGAAGGAGUGAGAUAUGCUUGUGAUGUAUGUGAGUACGUUGCAACAAGAGCUGAUCACCUGAAGAGACAUAUUGAAUGUAAACAUAAAGUAGUUAGAUAUCCUUGCUUGCAAUGUGAAUUUUCGGCAAAUACUGCAAGUAACUUGAGGUAUCAUAUUAAUAGUAAACACAAAGGAGUGAGAUAUCCUUGUCCUCAAUGUGAACAUGCCACAACAACAGCAAGUGCUCUGAAGAAACAUGUUGAAUAUAAACAUGAAGGAGUAAGAUAUCCGUGUCCUAAUUGUGAGUACGCUGCAACAACAGCAAGAAACCUGAAAAUACAUGUUGAAAGGAAGCACGUGUAA